UACUUCAGUAAACGUCAGUCUUAAUUCGCCGCUCAAACGGUUCGCACAAUUCUCGGAAAAAUGUUUCGUUUUGUUUACAUUAUUUUGCUGUAUAACAUUUUAAGUUUUCGCAUCGGUUAUGGUCUCAAGCAGAAUGAUGAUACCACGGGUACAAUGUGCGAUUGCAAUUGUGAUGUGCAAAUAGAUAUCGUUAAAAAUUUUAUGAAGGACUUAGCCGAUGUACGAAAGUGUAAGGAUAAAAUUACGAAUAUCGAAACGCAGUUACUUCGGAAUCGAGCAGCGAAACCGUCAAGUUGUAUUGAAGCCGCAGCUAGUAGCUUGAAGAAUGGUGUCUAUGAAAUCCAAAUAAAAAAUUUGAAUGUCACCGAUGUGGAGGUGUUUUGUGAAGAGAGCGUGGAUUUUGGAGGAUGGUUAGUUAUACAACGGCGUCAAAGUGGCUCAGUAGAUUUCAAAAGGGAUUGGCAUGACUAUAAGGAGGGAUUUGGCAACAUAACGGAAAACUAUUGGAUCGGUUUGGACACACUGCAUGCGCUCACCAACAACUGUGAACAAGAGUUAUAUAUUCAAAUGAAAAGACGAAAUGGCCAGGAAUACUAUGCAAAAUAUUCGGAAUUUCUCAUUGGGAAUGAGGUAGAGAGUUACGCUUUGAAGAAAUUGGGUGAUUAUAGCGGAAAUGCUGGCGAUUCCUUAAGAACACAUUUGGGAAUGAAAUUUUCAACAUAUGACCGUGAUAAUGAUGGUUCUCAAAGAAAUUGUGCACUGAUAUUUGAAGGCGGUUGGUGGUUCGAAAAAUGCUAUUAGAGUCACCUUAAUGGAGUCUACGGAAAUGAUAAGGCCGGUGUGAACUGGCGUAGUAUAGAAGAUAAUGAAUCUUUAUUAUUUGCGCAAAUGCUGAUACGACCAACCCAAAAUUGCAUUAGACGGUUGAUGUUAAGCAACUUAAAGGGGUAUUCUGGUGUAGAAGCGUAAAUUUUAGGUAAUUUUUGAAAGGUCGUAAAAAAAGGCAAUUAAUAUUUUUACUAUCCAUUUUUUUAUUGGUUGUUUAUUAACAUUCAAAGAAAAAAAUUAACAAAAAAAACAGUGAAAAAUUGAAUAAAUUAUGAGCUGACGGAUUGGGGGCUUAUGAAAAAUUUUCACGUGACCGUACCCAUGAUUUCGACCCUCCUAGCAAUCUGAAACCAAAAAAAAAAAAAUUAUUAAUCAAGAAUAAUGUCGCAAUAUCCGGAACUAGGGAAAAGUUUGAAAAAAAUUGUAUAACAAAAUGGCGACUGUUUAAAAAAAAAAAAAUUUUCGACCACUUUUUUUUGACUGUUUUGAAUUAUUUAAAAAUAGUAAAAAUGAAAAUUUGGGGAUGGGCCUAGUUCCAGUUCUAGAAAAGCCAAUAAAGAAGAGUCCAUAAAAAUUUCAAGUAAAUCGGUCCAGUAGAACCUGAAAAAUCGUGGGUAUCGUACCGAAAAACACAGUUUUGAGAAAAACGCGUUUAAAGUUUCGGGUAAAGUUUUUUAUAGUCUAAGUUCCGGUCGAACCAGUUUAUGCCAGGUCAGAAAAAUGCUUAUAUCUCCGAAAAUAAUUUAAAUUUUGAAAAAUCCUCGUUUGAAAAAUCGUAUACAUAUUCUUGAAUAGUUAAACUUUGAAAAUAUGAAAAAACAAUGUUUCGAUUUUUUGGAAUUUCUAGACCAGAAUACCCCCUUAAAUCGAUUGACCUAAAGAAAUAUUUUAUUUUUAUUUACAAACGAGCAUGCUUAUAUUAGAUACUAAUAUUUUUAUUUACACAAUCGUGGAAAUUAAUUUUCAAAUAUUUCAAAAUUUUCAGGCAACAUAUUGAACAUUUGAAAUUUUAUUAAAGUUUAAUUUGAAAAAUA